AUGCACGACUAUCCAGCUACGCUCAAUCCCCCAGCCACGCUCAACCCAGAGGCUUACAUCUUAGCAGCUGGUCUCACAAGGGAGCUUCAGAUCCGAGAACAUGGCAACCCGCAAUAUAACCUCUUUGAAGGAGAUCGGUACAAGUUCGACCUCUCCCGUCGGAUUUUCGCAUCGCCAGUUGGAGAGAGCAAUGAGGAGACUUUUGAGAUCGAUCUGACUGUCGAUGUUGACAAACCAGGACUAGAGGUUGCGCGCCAGGAUGUCCUAACAUUCCUUCUAGUUUCCGAGCGCACCGGGCUCGUUCUGAAGAAGAAGCUCUUCGAAGGUGAUACGACUGGUUAUCGAUACGAGAGAGUCGCUGUGUUUGAGAUUCUUGGCGACAAUGAUCGUCUACAUUGGGAGACUGGCGCUGUCAGACGGUCUCUCAUGAUCAUCUGA